AAUAAUUAUUUUUAAUAGUUAACGUGGUCAUUUUGAAUAAUUGAAUUUUUUACUAAAUACCUAUACUGUGCUUUGCAAUUAUUAUUCAUUAUUUGAUGUAAACAAGUCGGUGAAUAAAUAAGUUUAUAUGAAUAUAAUUGAUUGAUGUGUACAGCAACAUUUUCACUAUUUAAAGAAAAAUGGAUAAAGAAACAUUUACACCUUGCAAAUUAUAUACGAAUACAGCAACAGAAUUCAGUAGUUCGACGACUUCUAGCCAAAAUAGUUUUACGUUGUCAGGACAAUCAGUAUUGAGACAAUUCCGAAGGAGCAAGUCUUUGUCAUGCAUUGUGCCUGAUAAUUUUUCUACAGCGGAAGUUAGAAGAAUUCAAGAAAGGCUAUUAAGGGCUAAUGGACAAGUGGACACGUCAAGCCUAAGAAACCUAUCGCGAUCUCAGAAAAUGACGUUGGUAUCUCUAGCAUUGGUAGACUUCAUGAGUUUUUGUUCUACGUCGAUAAUGGCGCCGUUUUUUCCAAGAGAAGCCAACGAAAAAGGAAUGUCCGAAACUUUCACUGGAUUAGUAUUUAGUUUUUAUGCUCUAGUCAUGUUUAUUUCUUCUCCAAUUUUUGGAAAAAUUAUACCAAAAUUUGGAGCAAAGUUUUUAUUCCUGCUUGGAAUUUUUAUCGCAGGAACAGGUAAUAUUUUAUUUGGUUUAUUGGAAUAUAUCGAAAACUAUACGCUUUUUGCUACUUUAUGUUUAUUAAUACAAGGAUUCGAAGCUUUAGGAGCCAGUGCAUAUUGCACAGCUAGUUACAUUUUUGUUGUUAAUUCGUUUCCAAACAACAUAGGAUCAGUGAUAGGUAUUUUAGAAACUUUUGUUGGUCUUGGAAUGAGCACAGGCCCGGUUGUAGGUGGUCUGCUAUAUUCGCUCGGUGGAUUUAGUUUGCCAUUUUUUGUGUUGGGUAUAGCGAUGGUGAUAACAUUUGUAGUUAAUAUAUGGCUGUUACCUAACAUUGAAGACUGUGAUAAUUUGACCAACAAAUCAAUGUCGAUACUUAAUUUAAUCAAAAUACCAGCUGUAGUAAUUAAAGGACUGGUAAUUGUGGUCGUAUCAAAUGUUUGGUCAUUUUUGGAUCCAACUUUAGAACCACACCUAAGAGCUUUCAAUUUAAGCCCAGAACAAGUUGGUUUGAUAUUUUUAUUGAUGGCUGCGUUAUAUGGAAUUUCUAGUCCGGCAUGGGGUUGGUUAGCAGAUAAAGCGGACAACCAUUGGUCAAUGAUGGUAGUUGGUCUAUUUACAUGUACCAUCGGUUUAUUAUUAUUGGGCCCUUGUCCGUUUAUACCAUUUUUACAGCAGAGUCUAUGGUUGGAUUUGUUAGCAUUAUCAAUCAUUGGGGUAUCAGUAGCUUUGGCUCUGAUGCCUACUUUUCAAGGCAUCUUAACGUCUGCAACGCAUGCUGGUCAUGCAGAUACCCUAGCGACAUACAGCGUUGUGGCAGGAGUUUGGUCUUGUAUGUACUCUCUAGGAGAAUUUAUUGGACCUGGACUAGGUGGGUUUCUUUUAGAAAAAGCAGGGUUUCCGAUCGCUUCAACUGUGAUGGCGCUCAUGACAUUUUCACUAGCAAUAAUAACGACUUUAUUUUUCCUCCUUAAGUCAACAUAUUUUGCUACAGACAGUACUACUUCAGACAGCGGUAUCAGUGAAUCUUGGAGAAGCUCCAAUAUCACUGUGUCCAAUGAGAAUACACCUUUGCUGUUAUCAACAACAGAUGCAAGUUGUCAGCCUUAUAAGGGACAAAAACAGUAUUAUACACAGAAUCAAAAUAGCGAUGUUUUUAAUGAAUAUACAAGUUUAUCAGAUAUAAAAUCUACAAUAUCAGUUUCGAUAACUGGAAAAGGAUCCUCCGAAAUUUAAUAUUUUUUAUAAAUUCAAUUUUUUUAUAUAUUUUCAUAUAUUUUUAUUUGACCGUGUAAGAUACAUUAAAUAUAUUUUUAAGCAUAGCUUUGGCUUUUUAGUAUAAAAUUACCCCGUCAUCUCAUGUUUAUUUUCGAGAAAGAAUGCUAAUAGGGAGGCGUUUAAGUGAGCAGUCUGAUCGG